AUGGUCCGCAGCUACCCAAACAUCGUCAUCACCGGUACACCAGGGACGGGUAAAUCGACGACGUCGUCGCUGCUCUGCUCGCUCUACGCGCCGUCGGACGGGACGCCGGCGGCGCUGCGGCAGAUUGACGUGUCGGCGCUGGUCAAGUCCGAGGGCUUCUACACGCACUACGACCAGGAGUGGGAUACGUACGAGGUCAACGAGGAUGCCGUCCUCGACCACCUCGAGCCGCUCACGGGCAACCGUGCACCCGAACCGCUAAACGAGGCAGAGGAGCAGCAGCAGCAGCAACAAGAGGAUGUAGAGGGAGAGGGAGAGGCACGCGGCGGCCUGGUGCUCGAUUGGCACACUUGCGAUCUCUACCCGGAACGAUGGGUCGAUCUCGUCGUCGUGCUCCGCUGCGACCAUGCCGUUCUGUGGCAGAGGCUGGAGAAACGCGGCUACACGCUCAAGAAGAUUCAGGAGAACAACGAGGCGGAAAUCAUGGGCGUCGUGCUCGACGAUGCGCGCUCCUCGUACCCGGCCGAGGCCAUCGUCGAGCUGCGCUCUCAGGAGAGCGGAGACGUCGAGGACAACGUCGAACGCAUCAUCCAGUGGAUUCACGCCUGGCGCAAGGACCGCGGUCUCGAGUAG